GCCAGUAUACACCGUCUCCGUUUCCUUGUCCGCCGCGUCUCCCUGACGGCCACUGCGGCGCUCCACCUCCACGCCCGCCUCCGCCAGCUGCCUCGCCGCGGCCUGCUCCCGCCUUGGCGCCGCCCGUUCCGCCAUCGCCCUACGCGCCCAGCGCCGCAGCAGCCAACUGCUUCUCUUCAACAUCCUCCUCGCCGCACUGCUCUAGUCCCUUGGCCUCCGGGCGGCGCGCAGGCUGUUCGACAUAAUGCCUCACAGGGACACCUUCGCCUGCAAUACAAUCCGAUAAUCUCUGGCUACCCUGGAAGUGAACGCGCUGACGAGGCGCUCCGGGUUGCGCUCAGUGGAGGUGUCAGGCCUAGCUGCUUCACCUUCUCCAUCGUUUGGCCCUGUCGUCUGCUCUGCUCUCCAUGGGACGCAUGUUCUGGUAGCUGUUGUCCAUCACGGCCCUCCCCAGCAGAACUCCGUAGUCGGCAACACCUUCUUGAAGUGCAGUGCAUGUCUUUCGGAAUAUGAAUGAGGGCAAUUAUUCUGUCAUGCCAUGUCAGUUACAAGGAUGAUGGCCAAGGCAUGAGGGCAAUGCAGUGUUUGAGUGUUUCUGGUUGAUUAGAAGCCAUGGGUUUUUGGUUGACAGAUGUAGCGUGAUCAACGGUGCUUGCCAUGUGCACAGAUAUCAAGGAUUUUGCUAAGGGUUACCAGCUCUUGGCCCUUUGCAUCAAAACGUGACUCCUGCCAAAUUCUGUCAUUUAUAGUGCUGUCAUCGGCAUGCUGUCCAUGUCUGACGGACUACCUGAUGCCGUUAGGGUUUUUGAGGAAUUAAAAAAAAGAGACUUACAAACAGUGUGCUGAGAUGGAGUUCAUGUUUUGGUCUGUUGAAGCAGGGUACCCAAAUCCAUGCACUGGUAUAUAAAUGUGGGUUUGAGGAUGAUAUAAUUGUCGCCAAUGCUUUCAUUGACAUGUAUUGUAAGUUAGGUUCCUUGAAGCAUGUCAGGAAACUCUUCAAUGGUAUCUCUGUCAAGGAUUUGUUGAUCAUUGGUAAUAUCGCAGAAUGAGAAGCUCUUGGAUGUUUUGGUGAAUAUUGAAGUGUGGUGUCAAGCCAGAUAAAAUUACUAUUUGGAGCUUUAUCUACUGGUAGCUUGGUAGAUCUGGUUAAUGAAGGAAUGUAUAAAAUUUCCCUGUUUAAUCCCAAUUACAUUGUCAUUCCUGGCCUGGAGCACUAUGCAUAUGUGACAGACAUGUUAAGCCAUGCAGGAUUGUUUAGACAGGUAGUAGAUUUAGUCGUGAACAAGUUGCAGAAGUGCAAUACUGCAGCCCUCCUCAAUAUUCUUGACGCUUGCAUAAUUCACGGGGAUUUCACGAUAGCAGAGUCAAAUGCCGAAAAAUAUGUGGAAACUGAAGCCUCGGUACACACUACCAUACACUGUUCUAGCUCAAGAUGGUGUGAGAUAUAAGUGGGAAAGCAUGGCCAGGACGAGGAGGCCAAUGGAAGCUCUAAAAAUGAGAUUCAUGUGUUUGCAUAUGAACAAAUAUUACAUCAUGAAAGCGAAACUAGCUCGUAUGCAGUUUUAGAUCUACUAGCUAAACAUGGCCUGGCGGCACACCGUGUACCUGACUUAAAUUGAAAGCCUGUGUCACCAGUUACCAAGCUCAAAGACUCCUACUAAGUAGGAGCACUUUGCAAAAUCGAAAGGGAUUAUUAAGCGCAAGAAGAACAAGCAUGAAUGGGAUGAGCAAACUUGUUCAUGGAAAUGGACUUAUGGCUAUGAUUGUGUUAAUAACGAUAAAGACAUUCCGAUCAUUCACCAAAAAUGACAGAUGAACUGUUUGCUCAAUCUGUUACAGAGCCUGGGUCCUUUUGCUCAAAGGAUGGAAAUACGAAGAUUAGGGUUGAUUAUCAAGAAAAGAACAGACAUGGGAAUAUAAAGAAUGCUGCAAAAGUUGGUGCUCUGCCAAGGCAAUCAUUUCCUAUCAUCAUCAUCUGCACAUCAUGCACUACUUUUUUUAUUUACCAUUACAUUAGCAACUCAAGUUUCUUAUAUAACACUUUCUAAAAAAACCUGUGCAGUCAAAUACAGCUUGCUGUCACAGCUGUGCCCAUCACAGGAACUAAAGCGGAUCUGCCUAGAAAGAUCUAAAAAACAAGAUAUUGCAAAUCUUCAGUCAUAAAUAAGGUGGUGCACCCCACAGGAUUUUUUUGUCAUGGAGUAGUAAAUGCUUGGGAAAUGUAUCAAACUAUACUUUCCGGAAAUUUUUAGGAAGUUUCAAAAGGAGAAAGACAGCCUAUAUCUUUAAUUGCUUACCGUAUCAGUAUGUAGAAAUCACGCAUAUUCUACAGCUGUGCCAUCCUGCGGCUCUUGCUAUCAAGGUAUAUAAAUACAGUUUUCUUUGCCCAGCUUUGUACUAGUCGAAAAGAUAAUUUCUUAGGUGCGCAAGAAAUCUGUAUUGCACGGGUAUGUACAAGCUUAUUUGAUUUUUUCUUACAUGUCAAUCUAGUUAUGCAGUAUUUUUUGGAUUGGUACAAACUAUUUUAGAUCUUUGUGAUUCAGCACCGCAAUGGCUAUUCUCUAGAGUUCUAGAUCUAAGUAUCAAUAUGGUGUUAGCAGCCAUUGCCUUUCUUAUUAGGAGGUCAUAAAUCUAAUAAAAAUUCAUCGGCGACGCCAGUAGGUAUAGAAAUCGAUGCUUGUCAUGAUCUGAUAGUUAUGAUUCUUCUCAGGUUAGCGCACGAUUUGGCUGUAGGAAGAUUGUGACCCCAAGAUCUGUAUCACUACCAAUAUCAAAUCUUACUCUUUGUAUUGAAUUAUUGGUCGAAGCGGUCCCACGGGAUCUACUAGAUGAAUUGGAAGGCGGAUUUUGACAACCUCGUGUGAAUGAUGCCAUCUCUGAAGGGGAUACAAGUGCAGAUGGUGAUAUCAGAAUACGCGUCUUAAUAUCGAUGCACAAAAUAUGUCUACAUGUCAGAUAUUCGUACUCCUUUCUGUUCUGUAUAUUCAUGUCCACUGCUGGUAUUCGUAAUUUUUUUUGAAUAACCAUAUUCACCCAUCUUUUUAAAAUGGCUAUGAUGUGAAUAUGGGUUUUUUAUUUUCCAGCCGUGUUUGAUCCGUUUCCACCAUUGUCACCAUCCUAUUUUCAGUUUUCUUUGUUCGAAACCAUCUGUGGGGAAUAUUCGACUGAGUUAUCCACUCUCUAGCCAUAUGUGCUUUAUGGAGCACCUGUGGGGCCUUCCUGUAGUUAGAAACCACUAUUACCACUAUCAAUUGCUUGUGUAAUCUAAGCCGUCUAUUAUAUGCCUUUAGAUGCUUGGGCACUGAACUUAAGAUGUAACAGAAAACAAGAUGCUAAAUUUGUAUACAGGAUCUCAAGUUUCUAUUACAGUGAGCUUUGUAGCCAGAUUUCUUCUAUUAAUUUCUGUCAACCAUUUAGUUUGUUGGUUCUUGCCGAUGUAUAUUUGGUUGUAUAUGCGUAUUCUCAGUAUUUUAACUAUGCAAUUUUUUUGCUCUGGUGCUGUUACUCAGAACUGAUCUUAGUUUCUACUAGCAGAUAAUUAUCAUUUUUAUAAUUAUUUGGGAGGAUCGUAACAAAGAAAUAAACUCGGUGUCAAACUUAUUAUCUUGAAAGAUAGCCACAAAUGUUCACAUUCAUCUAAAGCACUGCAAAAUAAUUAUUUAGAUUGUUGUACUGUAAGAUUAAGCUGAUUAAUACUUUAUGAUUGAGCUAAUGAAUACUUUUCAUUCUUUUUUCACAGCGCCAGAAAGACCCAACCUCAGCUUGCAAUGGGUGAUGUUGGUGGAUCACAAGUAUAUCCUGCCUCAGCCUAUCCACCUGGAGCAACAGUGGCUGCAGCUCCUGGUAUCACUCCUGCCGGUUCACAGCCGACGCCACCAUUCCCUGCAAAUCCAGGUCAGCUUAGUGCUGAGAACCAGCUUAUGUACGAGCAGUCGCAGCAGUAUCAGCAGCAGCUCCAGCAACUGCACCAGAGGCGGCUCCAGCAGUUCUGGGCCGAACAACGGUCAGAGAUCGAGCAGGCCACUGACAUCAAGAAGCACCCCGUGCAGCUCAAAAGGAUAAGGAAAAUCAUGAAGGCCGAUGAGGGCGUUCACAUGAUCUCGGCAGAAGCUCCGGUGGUGUUUGCGAAAGCAUGUGAGAUGUUGACACUGGAGAUGACGAUGAGGUCAUGGAUGGUCACCGAGGAGAACAAGCGCCGGAUCAUGAAGAAGAGUGACGUUGCCGAUGCUGUUGCUAGGACUGACAUCUACGACUUCCUGGCGGACAUAAUCUGCAUGGACGAGACGGAGGAGGAGGGAGUCGGGCUUCGCAGAGCCUGGCCGCCGCCACCCUUGGGGGCUCCGGCUGGCGCAUACCCGCAUUACCGCCCGCCGCAGCUGCAGGUGCCAGGUGCAGCAAUGGUGCACGGUGGCCAGCAGGUGCCGCAGGGCCAUCUGCCGCAUGUGUGGAUAGAUCUUCAGGAACAGGGACAGAAGGGACAUCAUGCGGAGGAUCAGCAAUCUGAAAGCGGCUGACAACAUGUGGGCCAUCACUAAAAUUCAGUAUCCUCAUUUUAGCCAGGACAUCCAAAGUUGCAAACUAAUUUUCAGGUUUCGUAAUAGCCUAUAUAAUUUUCAGAGAUUGACUGGUUCCUUGAUGCAAGUAUUGUUGUUGUCGCGGUGUCUUUAGCGAAGGGAUUAUGCUUCGAGGCCAAUUAGCUAAAAUUGACCGUACCGUGUCCAUUUCCGUAAUCCCGUCACUGCAAACUGAAAGUUGACCUCCAGAUUCCGGUUAUGUCUUCU